AUGGCCCCGGAGGUGCUGGCGCAGCCCACUGCCGAGGAGGCGGCCGCGCUGCCCCCCAGCUGGCUGGCCAGCUACGACGAGAGGGUGGACGUGUGGGGCGUGGGCGUGCUGGUAUUUGAGGCCCUCACCGGCCGGCCCCCCUUCUCCCACGCCAACCCCGCCGUCGCCGCCCUCAAGGCGCGCUUCCAGGAGCCGCCCCCGCUGCCGGCCGGCGCCGCGUCGUCCGCCUGCCGCGACUUUGUGCGGCUCGCCCUCACGCAGGACCCCAGGCGGCGGCCGGCGGCCGCGCAGCUCCUGGCGCACCCCUGGCUGCUUGGCGGCGCCGCAGCCGCCGCCGCUGCUGCCGCUGCUGCUGCACCCAACGAGCUGGCCUCCCUCAGCAGCGCGCACGCGUCCUCCUUCGCGUCCUGCGCCAGCGCCGCCGGGCAGCCGCCGUCGAACGGCUGCCGCGGCGGCGGCGCCUGCUCGGCUUCCGCUGAGAGCACGCCUUGGGAGCAACGGGCGUGCAGCUCCGCGCUGCACGCGUGCGGCGCCGCAGCUGCGGCGGCAAGGGCAGAGGCGCCGCCCGUGGAGCGUCAGCCGUCGCUGGGCGUCGGCCUGGCCGGUGCGAGGGGCUCAGGGGCCGGCGCCGCCGCCGCCGCCGCGUGCGCGGCGGCGCCGAGGCCGUGCACCCUGAGGCGCAGCAGCACCGCCUCCGCCGCGGUCGGCCGCGCCCCUGCCGCGCCGCGCGUGCCGGCCGGCGCCGCGUCGUGCUCGUCCUCGCCGGUCGCGCGCGGCGCCGCAGCGGCGGCGGCGACUGCACCCGGGGCGGCGCAGCGUCUUGGCCACCAACUGUCGCUCCCCGUCGGUUUUGGCGACGGCGGCGGGUGGGCAAUUCCCGCGCCCGCGCCCAUGCCGGGCGGCGGCCUGCCGCCGCGGCCCGCGGCGUUUGCCAUGAUGCCGCCCCCGGGUGCCUGCAGCCCUGGCCCCAGCGGCUCCAAUUAUCUGGGGCUGGGCGCAGGAGGGGCCCCGCUGCCCGCAGUCGGCAGCGCCCCGACCAGCGGCGGCGGCGGCGCGAUGCGGCACGCGCAGGCGUGGGCGCGCGCCGCGAGGGAGGCGCGAGAAGCCAAGCGGCUGCGGGCGGCGGCGGCGGCGGCGGCAAACGGUGGCGGCGGUGCGUCGCCGCCGCCGGCCACGGCGGCCGGCCAUGGGCGUGGCAGCCUCGUUGUCGAGGUCCCUCGCCUUGCCCGCGGCGGCAGCCCCCUCCCCGGCUGCUGCGACCUCGACACGGUCUGCGAGCUCAGCACUGCACUCAACACCCCGCAGGCCGCCGCCAGCGGCGGCGGCGGCGGCGGCCUUGCGAGGCCGCCCAGCCCCGAGGCGCACCUGUCUGUCGCGGCCGGCGGGCCCGCCGCCCUGGAGCGCUGCGGCGCGGCAGCUGGUGACCCCGCGACCCCCUCAGGCGCCGCUGGCCCAGAAGCGAUCCUCUCGCCCCCUGUGACCCAGCUGGCCGCAGACGCAGCCGCCGUAGCCGCCGCGGACGCGGCGGCAGCUGCGGCCGCGCGCGCCGAGGCGUGCACGCCACCGCCGCCUCCUGCUCGCUACCGCGGCGCCGCGCCGCUGUCGCCGUGCGCGGCGCUGCUGCAGACGUGGGUGCACGCGGUCCUCAAGCGGAGGCCGCUGCACCGCGGCGCGUCGCCGCCGCCGGGCGCAUUGCCGCCGCGGGCAGCGGCCCCGGCGCUCGUCACGCGCGCGGGCGGCUUGGCGCUCGCGUAG